UGGCCCCGCCCUCCGUCGCCAGAAGUUCGGUCAACAGCUCGCCGGAGCCGCAGCGUCGGUCGGUCGGUUCCGUGACCGUCGGUCCACUUUCAGCUGUGCUGAUGACGGAGCGGAGGUUCGACUGAAGAUGGACCUCCUCUGUGUUCUGGUUCUGUUCCUUCUCAGCGUCGGCGCCGUUUCUCCAGAAGUCAUCAUCACAGCUGAACGUGGACAGAACGUCUCUCUGACGUGCGGCGCUCCACACCUCCAUGGAGGCGGGGUUCUAGAGUGGAGGCGGGCCGACCUGCAGGAGGAGUACGUCUUCAGGGCCCGGCCCCUGGACUCGGACCUGCAGCAUCCGUCUUUCAGGGACCGGGUGUUUCUGACGGAGGACGGAGGCCCGUCUGUGGUUCUGGAGAACGUGGACAUCGGAGAUUCUGGAACGUACUGGUGCCGAGUCCUGCAGGAAGGAGGCGGCGCUCAGCCGGACUCCGGACCCAUCAGCACCGUCCAGCUGCUCGUGGUUCCAGAGCUGGAGCUCAUCCAGGCGGAGAGCGGGCAGAGUGUCACGCUGCCGUGCCGCGCCGAACACGUGGACCCGCAGGUGAGCGUCACGUGGAGCAGACACGACCUGGAGCCGCAGGAGGUGCUGCUCAUCCAGGGCGGGGUGGUCCAGGGUCAGCACCCGUCCUUCAGGAACCGCCUGGAGGUGGGGCGGUGGGCGGAGCUCGGAGACCUGUCCGUCACUCUGAAGAACGUCAUGCCUGAAGACUCGGGGACGUACGAGUGCAGAGCGGUCCAGAGGAGCGGCGCCCGCAGGAGGAGGUCCAGCUCGGACCCCGACCCCAUCAGCAGCGUGUACCUGUCCGUGUCUCCUGCAGCUGCAGGCUCCGCCCACAAUGGAGCAGCAGAGGACGGCCUCCCCCUGGCGCUGACCGCCGGAGCUUUCACCGCUGGAGCGGCGCUGGGAGCGGCGGCGGCUGCAGUCCUCGCCGUGUUCCUCCGCCGGUCUGGGAAGCAGAACGGGAUCCCUGGACUCCAGCGCGAGUGUGCGGUGGUCUAGAACGGGGCGGGGUUUGAACCCUCGUGGAUCCUCCGCCGUGUUUGUUUGGCUCCUGUGAGCCGUCAGGUUCUGACCAGAGUCCAGCGGGUCGACUGGAGCUCCCGGAGUUCUUUCAGCAGAACCUGCAGGACUGUUAGAGGGGGAGGGGACCUUCUCGCCACAAUAAAACGAUGCGUUCAUGCUCCUGUAGACAUGACUGUAAUCACUGUCAGGACUUCCUGUAAUCACUGUCAGGACUUCCUGUAAUUAUACUCAGAACUUCAGAUUUUCACAUUAAAAGUAGAAUUUUGUUUUUCUAGAAGCUUUUAUUUUUGUAUCUGUGUGGACUUUUAUUUUGAAGGUUUAUAGUAUCUGCAUCAAAUAUUAAAGCUUGAAUGAAGUGA